AGGAAUUAGAAGGAGAGGAGGAGGGUAUCUAUGAUCUAUCUCACCGUUUCUGAAGUGAUCUCCUAAAAAACCUACCCUUUCUUUUGACCACUCUCUUAAGCCUCACUCUUAGGAAGAGUUUUUUCGUUUUUGUUACCACGCUUUCGAAUACUACUCUCUCUCUUUUUCUCUUUCUCUUUCUCUCUCUUAUAUUCCCAAAUCGCCCUUUCUCUUCUUCUAUCCAUCGGUCUCAGGUACACACAGCACUGGGAAGCACCAUCCACCGAAUAAUAACAACACAACAAAGGGAAAAAGGAAAACAAAAAAGAAACCCUAAUUGCACACUCUUCAGGGGAAAUUGAGGAGGAAAAAUUUCUAUUUUUUCCUCUCUAUUUGUGUUUUUGUUUUGUUUUUCAAGAAACUUUCAUUUUGAGGAAUUAAGGGUUGGGAUUUAUGUCCUUCAAUCAAUCAAAGUCCGACAAGAGCGACGCUGUCUACCGAAAAUCCGGGCGAUCCGCCAGCUUCAAUCAGCAGCGAGGCUCCUCCGGCGGUGCGUACGGCAGGGGCGGAGGCGGCGGUGGCGGCGCCGGGCCUUCUCCGUCGCUCUCCUCUAACCGGAGUUUUAACAAGAAGUCUAAUAACAAUGCACAAGGUGGGCAAUCUAGGGUAAACCCUGCACUGGUUAAUUCGGCUGAGUCUAAUAGUACUUAUGCAGCCCGGACUGUUCCAAACGGUUCCCACUUACAGCCACAGAUUCAUGGAGUAUCUGAUGCGCCAGUUACUAAUGCAACUGCCAAGCCAUUUGAAUCUUCAGCUGUGCAAAGGAGCACCAGAGCUGUUCCAAAAGUUCCUACCUCUCAACCUCCCUCCAUGAGUUCUGAUCCAGCCGUCCCUACAACUCCUGCUAAGGCAGAUGCAUCUAAGGCAUUUCCUUUCCAAUUUGGAUCCAUCAGUCCUGGCUUUAUGAAUGGGAUGGCUAUUCCUGCUCGCACAAGCUCAGCUCCUCCUAAUAUCGAUGAGCAGAAACGCGAUCAGGCAAGACAUGAUUCUUUUAGACCUGCACCCUCGGUGCCAACACCUCCUGUUCCAAAGCAGCAGGCAGUGAAGAAGGAUACAGGUGUUACUGACCAAUCUAAUACUGGGGAGACUCAUACUGGGACUAGGGCAAAAAAGGAUACUCAAGUGUCACCGUUACCCCCAGCAAGCCAGAUGCAAAAGCCUUCUGUCAUUCCUUUAACUGGAAUUUCAAUGCCAAUGCCAUACCACCAGUCACAAGCAUCUGUACACUUUGGUGGUCCUAAUCCACAGAUUCAAUCUCAAGGUAUGUCAUCAGCACCUCUUCAGAUGCCCUUGCCAAUGCCUUUGCCGAUUGGAAGUGCCACACAAGUGCAACAACCGGUUUUUGUUCCAAACCUUCAACCUCAUCCUAUUCAUCCUCAAGGAAUCAUGCAUCAAGGCCAAAGCAUGGGUUUCACUCCUCAAAUUGGCCCUCAGUUGUCCCAUCAGUUAGGCAACAUGGGUAUUGGAAUUAGCCCACAAUAUCCACCACAGCAAGGAGGAAAAUUUGGUGCUCCUCGUAAAGCUACUCCUGUCAAGAUAACCCAUCCUGAGACACAUGAAGAGCUAAGACUUGAUAAAAGGGCAGAUGCAUAUUCUGAUGGUGGGUCAUCUGGUGUGAGGCCUCAUUCUGGUAUGGCUUCUCAAUCUCAGCCUGCCCAGCAAUUUGCAGCUUCUCAUCCUAUUAGUUACUAUCCAUCAAGCUCAUAUAGUACCAAUUCUCUCUUUUAUCCAACUGCUAGUUCUCUUCCAUUAACAAGUAGCCAGAUAACACCUAAUUCCCAGCCACCCAGAUUUAAUUAUGCUGUGAGCCAUGGUCCGCAGAAUGUUAGUUUUGUAAAUUCAUCAUCUCAUAGUUCCCUGCCUGUUAAUAAAGCUGGCACUCCUAUUGCUGGAAAUGCUGAACCGCCUAAUCCAGAAUUUUCUCGUGAUGUGCAUAGUGCAAUCUUAUCUGCUCCGUCAGGAGUAACCUCUGUGUCAAUUAAACCAAGUGGUGGAUCUGGUGUUGCAGAUUCGUUUGCCAAUUCCAGUACCCAAAAGAAUGUAUCUCCUAGUUCUGCAUUAACAUCUGGUGAUGCUUUCUCUUCUGCACAACUAAAAGGGUCUGAAAUAGCUGAAAUAUCUUCCCAGCAGUCUAAGUUCUCCACUGAUUCAUCAGUGGUGAACUCAUUUCCAAAUCUAUCUUCUGCAAAGCCUGCAUCAGCUUCCUUGUUGCUUUCUACAUCUGCUGUCUCUGAAGAUUCUGUUUCAGUUAUACCUAAUAAUGAAGGCAGAAAGAAGGAAUCUGUUAGUAGGUCAAAUUCUUUAAAGGAUAAUCAGAAGAAAAUACAGAAGAAAGGGCAAUCACAGCAUCAGGGUGCUGUUCAAUCUGCUCCUUUGGUUAAUGUGCCUUCCCAAGCUGUUGAUGGUGGUAUACCUGAUGAUGUUUCUGAAACUACGGGAACUGGAACAAACGAUUCUGUAGUAAUUACGAGUGAAAAUAUCUCAACUGCAAUUUCAGACAUGUUAUCGGCUACUAGUGGUAGCAUGCCUUAUGCUGUUGAAAUGAAAACUAAUGAUUCUACAGAAGUGUCAACUCGUGCUUCAGCUGAAGGAUCUUUCAUGGGGGUGGAUGAUUUUAACAAUCUUAAGAGUACCGAGCUAGAUGAACUAUCACAACAGGAUAAAGUAUUGCAGCCAAAUAUCAUGGAAAUAGUGGGUAAAACAGAAAACAUGUCUCUUGAAGGAUGUAAACAAGAUGUCAGUGUUGGUGGAACAGAAUUAAAACAAACUAAACAGGGCGAUGUAAAGCUAAACACUGAGGCUGUAGCCUUGAGGUCUGCGCAGCCAGGGCAGGAUGGAUCUACAAGUUGUAGUGCAGGAAGUGAUGGGACGACUGCUAAUACUUCUUUGGAUAGGAAAGAUGUUUCCUUGAUCAGAAAUGACAGUGUAAUUAGUAAUGAAGGUUUUUCUUCAAAUUCUGGCACAUCAGAUCAGCAGUCUGCUGAUAGCACAGAAACAUCUUCAAAACAUUUGAAGGAUGGUUCAGACAGUACUGGCAGUGGUGCAGUGUCUCUUCCAGCAUCAGGUACCAAGGACAAAUUGGUUUCUGAGCCUAGUAAGGUGAAACCUACAUCAAAGGGUAAGAAGAAAAGAAAAGAAAUUCUUCUGAAGGCUGAUGCUGCUGGGUCAACAUCUGAUCUUUAUAAUGCAUACAAGGGACCUGAGGAAAAGAAAGAAUCUGUGAUAAGUGCAGAGAAAACAGAAAGUGAUUCUGCUUCUGGAAAUUUAGAGCAGUUGCCUACCGAGGUUGCACAGUCAGAUGAUGUAGCAGACAAGCAAUCUAAGCAGAGUAAAGCUGAACUUGAUGAUUGGGAGGACGCAGCUGACAUGUCUACGCCAAAACUUGAAGUUUUAGAUGAAACUGAACAUUUUAUUGAAGGAAUUGCAGUUACUGGCAAAAAGUAUUCUAGAGAUUUCCUUUUGAAAUUUUCAGAGCAAUGCAUGGACCUUCCUGAAGGGUUUGAAAUCACGGCUGACAUAGCUGCUGAGGUUUUGAUGGGUCCUAAUUUUAGUUCUCAUGUAACUGAACGUGAUUCACCUUCUAGUGGAAGAAUUAUUGAUAGGUCAGGCAGCAUGUCUCGUCGUGGGAGUGGUAUUAUUGAGGAAGACAAAUGGAGUAAAGGUUCCAAUGCAUAUCAUUCUGGUAUGCGUUUGGAUGGUGUUGGUGGUAAUGCAGGAUUUCGUACUGGCCAAGGAGGCAAUUUUGGUGUUUUAAGGAAUCCGCGCACACAGACACCUGUGCAAUAUGCUGGAGGGAUUCUUUCUGGUCCAUUGCAAUCCAUGGUAAAUCAGGGAGGAAUGCAAAGAAAUAGCCCUGAUGGAGAAAGGUGGCAGCGUGCUACAAACUUCCAGCAGAGGGGUUUGAUUCCAUCUCCUCAAACUCCUUUACAGAUGAUGCACAAAGCUGAGAAAAAGUAUGAGGUGGGUAAAGUGACGGAUGAGGAAGAGGCGAAGCAGAGGCAGUUGAAGGGCAUAUUAAAUAAAUUAACUCCUCAGAAUUUUGAGAAGCUUUUUGAUCAGGUCAGAGCAGUUAAUAUUGACAAUGUUGUCACUCUCAAUGGUGUCAUCUCACAAAUCUUUGAGAAGGCUUUGAUGGAGCCAACUUUCUGUGAAAUGUAUGCCAAUUUCUGUUUUCAUCUGGCUGUUGCAUUGCCCGAUCUCAGUCAAGACAAUGAAAAGAUAACUUUUAAGAGACUAUUGUUAAAUAAGUGCCAAGAAGAAUUUGAAAGGGGUGAAAGAGAGCAAGAAGAAGCUAACAAGGCUGAUGAAGGUGAGGUCAAGCUGUCUAAUGAGGAAAGAGAAGAAAAACGAACCAAGGCAAGGAGACGUAUGUUGGGUAAUAUCAGAUUGAUUGGAGAACUAUAUAAGAAGAAAAUGUUGACAGAGAGGAUAAUGCAUUCAUGCAUCAAGAAGCUAUUGGGUCAGUAUCAGGAUCCAGAUGAAGAAGAUAUUGAAGCUUUGUGCAAACUGAUGAGUACGAUUGGGGAGAUGAUUGACCAUCCCAAAGCCAAAGAACAUAUGGAUGCAUAUUUUGAAAUGAUGAGAUCACUGUCAAACAACAUGAAUUUAUCUUCUAGGGUGAGGUUCAUGCUGAAGGAUGUAAUUGAUUUGAGAAAGAAUAAAUGGCAACAAAGAAGAAAAGUUGAAGGUCCAAAGAAGAUUGAGGAGGUUCAUAGAGAUGCUUCUCAAGAGAGGAUGGCCCAAGCUGGUAGGUUGGGUCGUGGUCCAGGCAACAAUCCACCUAGAAGAAUGCCUAUGGAUUUUGGUCCAAGAGGGUCGUCUAUGUUAUCUCCUAAUGCUCAGAUGGGUGGACUUCGUGGAUUGCCUUCUCAAGCUCGUGGGUAUGGUUCCCAGGAUGCUCGUAUUGAUGAAAGGCAAACUUAUGAGGCUAGGACAUUGUCAGUUCCCUUACCACAAAGACCUUUAGGUGAUGAAUCAAUAACCUUGGGACCAAUGGGUGGUCUUGCCAGAGGAAUGUCCAUUAGAGGUCCACCUGCAGUUUCAAGUUCAACCGGUCUUAAUGGUUAUAAUAAUUUUUCAGAGCGCACUUCAUACAGCUCUAGGGAUGAUCCUGCAUCAAGAUACGCUCCAGAUAGAUUUUCUGGUUCUGCUUAUGAUCAAUCUAGUGUUCAAGAUCAUAAUGUAAAUUAUGCAAACAGGGACAUGAGAAAUGCGAAUAGGAUUCCUGAAAAACCUGUUGUAACUUCGCCACCUGCCAGAACACAAGGGACAGCAGUCUCCCAAAGUAUUACUCCGGAUCGAUUACAGGACAUGUCCAUGUUAGCAAUCAGAGAAUACUACAGUGCGAGAGAUGUGAAUGAAGUUGUUCUAUGUAUCAAAGAUCUGAACUCUCCAAGCUUUCAUGCUUCAAUGGUUUCUCUCUGGGUCACAGACUCUUUCGAGAGAAAGGACACCGAGAGAGAUCUUUUGGCCCAGCUGCUUGUCAAGCUUGUGAAAUCUCAGGAUGGACCCUUGGGUCAAGCCCAGCUCAUCAAAGGGUUUGAAUCUGUUCUUAGUACUUUGGAAGAUGCGGUUAAUGAUGCCCCCAAAGCACCGGAGUUUCUUGGCCGUGUUUUUGCCAAAGCUAUAACAGAGCAUGUAGUCUCUUUGAAUGAGAUUGGGCAUUUAAUACAUGAGGGUGGAGAGGAACAAGGGAGCCUAUUAGAAGCUGGGCUUGCAGCUGAUGUUCUUGGAAGCAUCUUGGAGGUAAUAAAAAUGGAGAAGGGUGAUGCUGUUUUGAGUGAGAUCUGUGCGAGCUCCAACUUGCGGUUGGAGAGCUUCCGGCCGCCGGAACCUCUUAUAUCAAGGAAGUUAGAAAAAUUUAUUUAGGGGGAUAGAGGAAAAUAUUUAUUUAUGUCUAGUGCUAAUAGGAUGCUCAAAUUUUCAGAAAUGGUUCUCCAUGGAGGUGGGUGGGGAGAUUUUAUGUUCGGAUUUCUGUCUAAAUAUUAUUUCUGCCAUAUCUUCACUGCAAUUAUAAAAUGCUUCAGUUAAGCGUCUGAAAAUUUUAGGCCGAGUUAUAUUAUGAGGUGAGGGGUUUGGUUUAUUUUUGUAUCAUUCAACUGUCCAUGAAAAUAUACUGCCAUAUUGAUCUGCAUAACGUCCAUGUGUAUAGGUAGACUCCUACUUUAGUAAAAAUGUUAUGUAAAUGGGAUAUGUGAUUAAGUAUAACGCCACAUUCUAAAUUGUUUUGAAA